GCGGCGGCGCCGCCGGGGAGGGGCGGCGGGGGGCGGCUCCGCCCUGCCGGUCGCGGCCAGUCCCGGCCCGGCCAUGCCGUACCUGGGCGGUGAGGAGGCGCUGCGCGACCUGCGCCGGGCCCUGGGCAACCCGCACGUGCAGGCGGACCCGCUGCGGUACCGCGCCGCCGUCCUGCGCGUCAUCCGGCUCAUGACGCAGGGCGCGGACGUGUCGGGGCUGUUCGCGGAGAUGGUGAAGGCCGGAGCGGCGGCCGACGUGGUGCAGAAGAAGCUGGUGCACCUCUACGUGCGCGCCCACGCGCCGCGCCUGCCGCGCCUGGCGCUGCUGGCCGUCAACACGCUGCGCCGGGACUGCGCCGACCCCAGCCCCGCCGUGCGCGGCCUCGCGCUGCGCAGCCUCUGCAGCCUCAGGGUGCCCGGCGCGCAGGAGUACGUGCGGCAGCCGCUGCUGAGCGGGCUGCGCGACCCGGCCUCCUACGUGAGGCGAGCGGCCGUGCUGGGCUGCGCCAAGGUGCACGAGCUCCAGGGCGACUCCGAAGUGGACGGCGCCUUGGUGAACGAGCUGUACAGCUUGCUGCGCGAUCAGGACCCCAUCGUAGUGGUGAACUGUCUGAGGGCUUUGGAAGAGAUCUUGAAGAAAGAGGGAGGAGUCGUUAUCAACAAACCCAUCGCCCAUCACCUCCUCAACAGGAUGGCCGAUCUAGAUCAGUGGGGGCAAAGUGAGGUGCUCGCCUUCCUGCUGCGUUACAGACCCCGCGCUGAGGAGGAGCUUUUCGACAUUCUAAAUUUACUAGAUGGAUAUCUUAAAAGCAGCAGCCCCAGCGUCGUGAUGGCAGCCACCAAGCUUUUCCUGGUCCUGGCCAGGGAGUACCCACAUGUGCAGGCAGAUGUUUUGGUGAGAGUGAAGGGACCGCUGCUGUCUGCCUGCACUUCGGAGAGCAGGGAGCUCUGCUUCACUGCGCUGUGUCACGUGCGCCAGAUCCUCGGUAGCCUUCCUGGUCAUUUUAGCAGCCACUACAAGAAGUUCUUCUGCUCAUAUUCAGAACCACACUACAUCAAAUGCCAGAAGAUGGAAGUGUUGUGCGAGCUGGUGAAUGAUGAAAACGUGCUACAAGUGCUGGAGGAGCUGAAAGGCUAUUGCACUGAUAUAUCUGAAGAGCUCGCCCAGGGGGCGAUCUCUGCUAUAGGCAAUAUUGCUAGGACAUACACUGAACAGUGUGUGGGGAUUCUGACAGAGCUCUUGGGGUUUCAGCAGGAGCAUAUCACCUCAGCGGUAGUUCAGGCUUUUCGGGACCUGGUUUGGCUGUGUCCCCAGUGCACGGAUGCAGUGUGUCAGGCGCUGCCUAGCUGUGAGGACACCAUCCAGGACAGUGAGGGCAAGCAAGCACUGAUCUGGCUCCUGGGAGCACACGGUGACAAAGUACCCAACGCCCCCUAUGUUUUAGAGGACUUUGUGGAGAACGUGAAAUCAGAGGUGUUUCCAGCAGUAAAGAUGGAGCUUCUAACAGCACUGGUGCGACUUUUCCUAUCUCGUCCUGCUGAAUGUCAGGACAUGCUAGGGAGACUGCUCUAUCAUUGCAUAGAGGAGGAGAAGGAUAUGGCAGUACGAGACCGUGGAUUGUUCUACUAUCGCCUCUUACAGUCCGGUGUGGAAGAAGUGAAGCGGGUCCUAUGCAGCCCUAAGUCUGACCCCUCCUUGGGGCUCCUGGAAGACCAAACUGAACAACCUGUGAAUACAUGGGCUUCUGAGUUUAAUAGUCUUGUACCUGUUUAUGGCAGAGCCCAUUGGGCGCUUGUCACUGCUCAACAGCCAGUGGAAUCCUGUUACGCUUUUUCUCCUUGUACCGACUCUGGGAACAGAGGCACAGAGUCACUGAUUUCUGAAGGGAAUAAAGAAGUCCUCAAGGUUCAUCCUGAUACAGGCAACCUGACCUUAAUUCCUGAUGUUUACCUGACUGCAGAACAGUUUGAGAAGACCUGGCUGAGCCUGGACAUUAGCUGCCAACACUCUGUGCCCUGGGGCAGAACUGUUCAUCCAGAUACCAUACAGACUGCUUUUCAUGUCGUCCACAUCCAUACUAUUGCUAUGAGCAAAGCUGGUGUCCAGCCAUGGAAAGCUUAUUUCAGUGCUCAGGAUGACACUGGUUGCCUCUUCCUAACAGAGCUAUUGCUUGAGACAGAAGAUUCGGAGAUGCAGGUUUCGGUGAAGCAGAGUGAGGCAAAGCCUGAGGCGCUGCAAGCGUUCAUGUCCGUUUUCAGGACUGCCAUGGGAGCAGUUGCUGGGCUGAGAUCCUGAUUCAUCUCUGUUCCCAGUGGGAUGCUUGCUCAGGGCACAGGCAGAGUUUACUUCUCUGGCUUCAAUUUGCUGUUCCUAAUGCUCGUUCUGUACUUUUAAACUGUAGGAGUGUUAUCAGCCUUUCCCUGGAGCAGUGUUAGGCACAGAAACCACAUGCGGUAUGAGGGUAGCUAUGGUACAAACUACUGAGGCUGGUGAAUGGGGUGAGGUAAAUGAUGUCUUCCCCCUGGGCUGGGGAAAAGACAAGAUCAUGUAUUUGUUAGCCUGCUAGUUCUGAUGUGAGUCACAGAAAUGCUGGCACCUGUGGUGAUUGUCACAAGACGCUAAUGUGACUGAUGGAACCAGAAGUGAGCAAAAUUCAGGGCAGCGUUUUGGAGUUUUUUUCAAGAGAAUUGUAACUAAUUAAAAAACAGCUCUGAGACUCCAGGACUCUGCUGCUUAUUGUGUAUAGAGAGGCAUAAUGCGAUGAAGGGAGAAGUACCCAGUUCUGUGUUCUCUUUGUAUAUAAUACAGUUUUCUGUCUGAUAGAUUUCAAUAGUAGGCUUCACUUAAAAGUGAAUGGAGCUCUGCUUUGUAUGGGUGCAUGGGGUAUAUCAUGUUUACUUUUUCGAGAGAAGUGUGUUUUCUAUUUGAAGUGGGUUAUUCUAAUCAUCAAUCACCCCCAGAAAAGUCUUUUCUCAGCUCCCUGUGGCAAGGGCUUCUUUAAGACAAUGCAGGGGUGAGCAAGAUACAUAAAAUGUAUAUGUGUGAGUUAACGCAGAUCGAGUUUUAUACCUGGCAUCACUUUGACAACCUCAGUCAGCUGUCAGUCCUCACACCAGUAAUUGAAGAAUUGCUGUUUAGAUGAUUAAUCUGUAUGGAAUAUCAUUUUUUGAUUAUAUUGUGACUUAAUUUUUCUACUUUUUGCUGCUGUCAUUUGCAGAAUUGUUUGUAUUUCAACCUUAUUUUGAUUUGUAGUUGUGACUUACUUCUGUUAGUUUCCUGUUGGGCAACUGUCAUUUCCAGGUACUGAUCACAGUCUUGUACAGGCUUAUACUUCCAGACUGGACUGUAUUUCUGUAUUCCCCAUCCCCCCUUUUUUUUUUCCCCUUUUUGUGCCAAAAUGUCUACUACCCCAGCUUUUUAAUGUAUGAGACUUUUUCUUUGUUUUUUAUAUACAUACUUUCUGUGUUUCUUACAAUUUAAGGAAAGCAAAAUAAAUGAUCCCUGGCUAUCUCAGGGCCUGGCUUUCUCUUUCCACCAAAUCUGUCCUUCUUUCUCUUUGCUUUAUUUUCUGUUUGCUUAGCUUAUUAAGUGUUCUCUGAGAAGAAAGUAUCACUCACUGUAGCUGGGCCACUUUAAUUAGCUAAUGUGUUUUUUGCCAAGAAUAUUGUUACAUAAACUAAACUCACCCAUUUUUUUAUUUAUACAGAAGAGUAAUCAGAAAUUACUAUGACAGCAGUCCCUCUGCUCUACUGAAAGUUGCAUAGGGUUGGGCUUUGCAUGGUGUCAUGAAAAGUCUCCUUGUCACAGCCAUGAAAAUCCUCUCUGGCAGCGAAACCGUUGCUCUUCCCACUUCAGUAGCUUUCAGCCAGGACAUGGAGAGAAACAGGAAGCGUUGCUCCAACUCUGCUCUGUGCAGAAGUCCAUCAAGUGUUUUAUACAAUGGCAAAACCCUAGAGAGGGCUCCCUGGUUUAAGAUUAAAGUACACUGGUUACUGUAAGUGCAAGGUGUGGCUUUGUUAAUCUUAUUCUGUAAAAUAUCUUACAGUUUUUAAUGACUGUAUUGUAACUGUAAUCGUGAUAUGCCUUUCACACACUUCACAGAAACACUGCUGUCCCUGUUAAACAACAGGUUUUAGAUUUUAUUUUUGAUUUUCUAAAUAAAAACAUUAAUCAUU